AUGGAGAUGAGGGGUAAUUUCCUUCGCCCCCCUGCCGCUGAAGACACCGUCAAGAGCGCCACGUUCCCCAACAUCGGGGACACCAACUGCACCAACCUGAGCUCCUCCACGGGCUCCUCUUCCUCCUCCCUCUCGCUCGACCCUCCGGACUUCCUCAGCCAGAUCCAUGCGGCCUGCAAGCGCCAGAGGCCUCCCGGUUCAGCGCAGUUCAAGCCACCGCGGGCAACCCGUGUCCUGCUGUCUGGAGGCGAGGGGCCGACAAAAGCUGGUCCCAGCCCUUCUGUUACCCAGAAUUCUGAAGGAACGGCUAUGCAGAAGCAAAGAGGCGUGCUGCGGGCCUCCAGGUUGCAGAAUGUGGUGCCUGAUCAAAAGAAUGUUAUCACCACAGCCGUAUUACCUGCAUCAAAUCAAAACGAGCUGCUGAUGACACCUUCCAUGUUGAGUACUGUCACAGACACCCAUAACCAGAUUGGCAGUCAGAACGACCAGCAGAAGGGUGGAAUCGAUCUGUCGGUGGAUAGGAAUAAGUCGUCGCUUAACGUUUCGUCUUCUCAGAUGACAUCUCGAAAUGCAUCGGUGGGCAUAGGUUUCAAGAAAGAGCAGUUUUAUUCAGUUGGUGAUCCACACUUAACUUCUCAGAGUGAUAUUGUAGGAGUCACUACUGACAGUAGAAUGGACAGUAUGUUCUCUUAUCUGCAUUCUGUUUCAUUGACAGCAGGGGAUGAUUUUCCUGUGGCUCAAGCAACCCAUGAUCAACACGGGGAAAAUCAGAAGCUUGAGAUAGCCGGUGCGGCAAGUGAGAUUGAUGUCAAGUAUGAUGCAGCAAAUUUGUCUCAAAUAGGCGUCGAAGAGGCUUCUAAUCAGAAUCAUGGAGAGCCAACGACCCGUUGCUCUGUCAUUGGUUCUUCUGUCACUGCUAUAUCACUGUAUUCAGGGCAAAAUACGCGAGUUCCUCGGAACAACCAAUAUGCUUCACCAAUGCAGAUGCCUGAAUGUACAGUGGAAUCAUCUGCAGCUAUACCAGGCAGUGUCCCUCCAAAACAGCAAGCAGAUGCAAUACCAUCAAGUGCUGGUGAUUGGAACCCCCCAAACCAGCAGGUUCCUAAUCUGGCCAAUUAUGCCAUGGACAAACCAACUUCUGGCAAUGAAAAUGGUUUGCCAUCCCAAGGCCAACGAUUACCUGCAAACGACCAAUCUACGUCUGCCAGGGAUGGUGGUACUUCACAAGCAAGUGGGAGCCAGAAGGAGCGCCGAAAAAACAAUUAUGAUCCUAACCUUUUCAUUAAGGUGAAUGGGAAAAUGUAUCAGAAACUUGGUAAAAUAGGAUCUGGGGGCAGCAGUGAAGUUCAUAAAGUUAUUUCAAAGGAGUGUGCAAUAUAUGCCCUGAAAAAGAUCAAGCUUAGAGGUCGUGACUACCCUACUGCCUAUGGCUUUUGCCAAGAAAUUGAAUACCUGAACAAUUUGAAAGGAAAAAGUAACAUCAUACAGUUAAUUGAUUAUGAGGUCACUGAUAAAAAAUUACUUAAGGAAGGUUGUGUCUCACCUCGGGAUGGAAGAAUUAAUGAUGACCAAUACAUUUACAUGGUCCUUGAGUUUGGAGAAAUUGAUUUAGCACAUAUGGUUGCUCAAAAGUGGAAGGAAAGGAACAGCACAACUAUGAAGAUAGAUGAAAACUGGCUGCGGUUUUAUUGGCAGCAAAUGCUUGAAGCAGUCAAUACGAUACAUGAGGAACGGAUAGUGCACUCCGAUCUGAAGCCUGCCAAUUUUAUGCUUGUGAGGGGAUCUCUGAAACUAAUCGACUUCGGCAUUGCCAAAGCUAUAAUGAAUGAUACGACAAACAUUCAACGUGAUUCCCAGGUAGGAACACUUAACUACAUGUCACCUGAAGCAUUCAUGUGCAAUGAGCAAGAUUCAGGCGGGAAUGUUGUCAAGUGUGGACGCCCAUCUGAUAUUUGGUCCCUUGGCUGUAUUCUUUACCAGAUGGUGUAUGGCAAGACACCAUUUGCGGAUUACAAGACAUUCUGGGCCAAGUUUAAAGCCGUCACAGAUAGGAACCAUGUGAUCAGCUACGAACCUGUCGACAACCCCUGGCUCAUUGAUCUGAUGCAGAGGUGCCUUGCCUGGGACCGAGACGAACGGUGGAGAAUACCUCAGCUGCUUCAGCACCCGUUUCUUGUUCCUCUGGUGCCAGGGCAUUUGCCUCGCAUCGAUCGUGAUCCGUGCAAUUUGCUGAUGGAGAGGUUCAGAGUGCACUGCGCCAAUCCUGAGGUUUCCAGACUUUGCUCCGAGCUUCAGGUUGUGAUUGCGAAGCUCGAGGAGGACCAAGGCAGUCCAACUGCUAAACAUAGUCCAGAGAAAGGUUGAUAGCAUGUUGGAGGUUUGACACACAUGUUCAGUUCAGCUUGGCGCCGGCUUAAUGAUGUACUGCGAGGUGGACUGGACUGUGGCUGACCAUCGCUAAUUUUGUCGCUCAUCAUGCUGAUGAUAUCGAAGUUGUGUGCUAGAGCAUUCCAUAUGUAUUUCAUCAGCAUGGACGGUUGCUAGUGUAGCCGGUCAAUUUGUUUAUCCCCAAAACCACCAGAAAUCAAAGGAUCCCUUGCUGACACGAGGUUUCCUUGGUAGGAUUCUCUGUAUUACGUCAGGAACUAGGCAGUUGCUGCCCCAGCUCGGUCGCAGCACAGGAGCUUUAGUCUUUUUAUAUGUUUGUUUGGUUGUGAA